UUGUUGUGUUGAUGGUUAAAAUUAGUGGUGGGAAAAUUGGUAUUGCGCAAGAAAUAAAUAAAUAAAAAGAAAGAGAGCUUUUAAGCCAUAGCCAAUAAUGCCCAAAUUUGCAGACAGUGAAGAGAUAAAAGAGAGAAAGAAGAAAGAAGCCAUGUUCUGAGGAAGGAGACAUGCAUCAUCUCAGCCUUACAUGAUUUUUAUUUUUUCUUUUUCUCUCUCCAUCUUCACCAAAUCCACCAUUAGAUUCUCUCAUUCUGUGUCGCUCUAUUUGGCUACUUGUACUCUUGCUUUGAGAGGGCAAAACAAAAAAAAACCAUUUUUAGGCGAUAGUGUUUCAGACAAUGCAAGAGAUCCGUAGCAAAGAUUCACUGUCCUUUCCUGCAGCUUCGUGGGAAAACUCUGUCUUCACAAACUCAAAUGCUCAAGGACCGUCAUCAUCCAUGACCGACAACAACAGUUUAACCUUGACGACAGAGACGAUGUCCACCCAUUUCCCGGUGAUGAAGCAAGCUGGUUUUCAAUUGCAGGAGCAUGAUUCUUCCUCAACACAAUCCACUGGAGGAGAAUCAUCCGGUGAGGUUGCGAGUUUGGGUGGCAACAGCAUUGUUGUUACACAUCAUCUCUCAGGUUACAAAGAAAGCGCAGAGAAUUUUAGUGGAAGUCAUUCCAAGGUCUCUGGAAAUCCUGCUAUUGAGGCUUCUUGGCCUCUACAUGGCAACGAAACGCCACAUUUCAACGCUUUCAUAUCUUUUCCGUAUGCAUCACAACACACGCAUCCACAAAUUGGAGGGUUGAUUCCUUCAAGAAUGCUUUUGCCUCACAACAUUCCAGAGAACGAGCCAAUCUUCGUCAAUGCGAAACAAUACCGAGCCAUUCUCCGUCGCAGGCAGCACCGUGCAAAGCUUGAAGCUCAGAACAAGCUCAUCAAAGUCCGCAAACCAUACCUUCACGAGUCUCGCCACCUUCAUGCGUUGAAGAGAGCUAGAGGCACUGGUGGUCGUUUCCUCAACACAAAGAAGCUUCAAGAAACACAAUCUCCUCCAUUCUUGGGCUCAUCACCGCAUUUCUUCAAGAACCCUCAGGGAAAGUUCCGGCAAAGGGACAUUUCGGCCGUUGCGGUCGGCUCUAGCAGCUCGGCUACAUCUUGUUCGGACCUAACUGGGAACAACAACGACAUGUUCCAACAAAACCCACAAUUCGGGUUCUCGGUUUAUCCAUCAAACCACCAUGUCUCUGUUCUCAUGUGAGACUCUUGCUCCGGCAAGUGGUUUUGGUGACGAAAUCAUGACGGGAAGUCAUCCUUGGCUAAGAGUUACUGAUCAAAGUUUCUUUAUUUAUGUGAUUGUUUAUGGUUUGUUGAUACUUUGGUUCAAACUUUUCGUUUUGAUUAAAUGAACCUCCAAAUGGGUUUGUGAUUUAUGUAAAUGUAUAAUUAUUUGUUUUUCGACUUUUUAAAGCUCAGUUGUGUUUUUUUAUUCCUAUUAGUCCCACUUCAGCUCUAAACUCUUGCAAAAGUUUCUACCGAAAUAUAUUUGAUCAAAAU